AAUCACAGCACAGUAGUGGGAGAAAAAUAACGCAGCUAGUCGGUUCUACCAAAGAUGGUUGACACACGAAGGCGGCCACGUAACGACGAGUAAAUUCAGAGCCGAUAACGUUUGCUACUCAGCACGGCAGAUACGUUUUAAUGUCCUAAACUUACAGUGCUUAUUUUUUGGCCGAAAUGGAUGGUGUGGAAAUUACAGACGUCAAUGACGGUGACCAGCGGGAUCAUGUGAAGAAGGCGCCCCUCCAAAACCAGGAUCUGAGUUCUGUCAGCGUGAAUGUUGGAGAGCUGCUGGCCCAGUAUGGGUGGUGUCUGCUGGUUGUGACUGUGCUGGUCUACCUGCUCAUCCAGCACCUGAACAAGAAGAAAUCCAGCCGGAGCAGCUCAAGCCCGCCAACACUGCAAGAUGCUGCGUUGGUGGCCAGAAAUCAAGAGGCCAUGGAAAUGGCUCGGAGAAAGAUGCAAGAGGAGCUCGAUGCCAAAGCAGCCGCCUUCAGAGAAAAACAGAAACAGCAAGAAGAAGAGAAGAGGAGGCAGAAGAUAGAGAUGUGGGAAUGUGUGCAACAAGGAAAGAGUUACAAAGGAACUGCAAAGCUU